UCUGUUUUCCGUCCAUUCAACUGGAGCCCCUGUUGGUCGCAGUUUACUCACACAGGAAAGAGGCACAGACGUCGCCGUCCUCUCUGUAGAUCCUGAAAACCAGAGGACAUGAUCCGGAGCUUGAGUAAAUCCAUGUCUUUGCGCUACUGCACAGUCGUCGAGGUCAAAAGCAAGUUUGGUGCAGAAUUUAGGAGGUUUUCUCUUGAUCGCUGUGAGCCUGGGAUCUUUAAGGACUUUCUCCAGCUUCUCCAGAGCCUACACCACCUCUGUCACGUGGAACUUUUCGUCAGCUAUGCCGAUGUCCAUGGAGAACUGCUGCCCAUUAAUAACGACGAAAACUUCUGCAAGGCAGUGUCCACUGCGCAGUCGCUACUGCGCAUCUUCAUUCAGCAGGAAGAUGAAAUUGAUCGGGCUACCAUCAGCACAGACAGUGUGAUAAGGCGAAAGAAAUCCACAGCGACGGCACGUGGUGACAUCGGCCGCAGAAGACCAUGCAUUCAGAUCGGCACGCCACAGAAUUUCCGCCCAGUCUCCUCCAUAAUCGAUGUGGACAUCCUACCAAAGUGCCACAGAAGAGUUCGUCUCUACAGCCAGGGCUCGGAAAAACCUCUGGGUUUCUACAUACGUGAUGGAACCACAGUCAGGGUCACCCCCCACGGUCUGGAGAAGGUUCCAGGCAUCUUCAUCUCAAGGAUGGUUCCUGGUGGACUAGCUGAGAGUACUGGACUGUUGGCUAUUAACGACCAGGUGUUGGAGGUCAAUAGCAUUGAUGUGAUGGGUAAGUCUCUGGAUCAAGUGACUGACAUGAUGGUUGCCAAUAGCCACAACCUCAUCAUUACCGUGAAACCAGCAAACCAGCGCAACAACGUAAGGAGUCACAGUUAUAUUUCUCCAAGCCCAGGACGUCUUGUUGAAGGUGAAGGUUCAAUAAGUUACCCAGGAUUGCCUGUGAUUAUGGGAUCCCAUGUCUGGACAAGAAAUGGCUAUGAAAGUGAUGAGGAUUCAGACGUGAUUACUGAGAGACAUGUUAAGCACAGCUCCAAUACUUCAACAUCAUUCCAGUCUUCUCGCCACAAUGCUCAUGAUCGCUACCGAUGCCUUGGGCGCCACUGCUCUCCAGCCUAUUGCCGCUCACAGCCCAGCCUAAAUCUAAUGGACACUCAUGAGCCCAGUACCCCACUGCACCGAGAAAUGACCCACCAGCAUCACUAUAGAAGCAGCCCAGCAUUCAGACAGAGCACCUCCAGCACCCAUGAUAUCCUGGGCAUGUUGCGCUCAGACAUACGGCAACGCCUCAUGGUGCCUCAGGGGGCCAUGGAGGAGGAUGGAAUUGUUAUUACUCUGUGAAGCACAUAUCAAAAUCCUUUAAAGCCCCUGUCUACUCAUUUUCAUGAUUUUCUUCUAAAUAUUAUUGUUUUUGUCAUGUUUUUAUCAUGAAUUGAAUGAGAAAGAUGUUGGUCUUUCCUGUUGAGAGCUUUUUGAAAUGACUUUUUCUGCCAUUUUCUUCUAUUUGCCUUGAGUUGAGUGGGACAAAAUUUGGCACAGGUGACAUCAGAUCUGCCAAAGUACCAAUCAGAGUUAGCCAUAUGUAUACAUCAGCUACUUGCAUUCUUCUCCCUCACAUAACAUGACUACUGUCCUGCUGCAUCGACUCCUGGCCAAUAUGCCUAGCAAGUAGAUUAAUUAAGCUUUUCUAAAUUUGUUCAUGGUGUUUAUUAUGAAAGUUAUGAGGGCUGAACAACACAGUUGGCGGAGUCACUCGACCCUUCCACUGGAGCUGGGUAGUUCAUGUUACCUUGGAGAAGCUACUGUCAUUCAUUAUGUGUUCUGACAGGCUCACAUGAUUUAAAAACAGACAGCACCUUGGAAUUUUUGGAGCAUUUAUCUACUGUUGAAUUUUAUAUAUAUAUUAAUACAAAUGCCUCAAGUAUUACACUGCUUAACGCUGCUUAUCUUUAUUAGUAAAACACUAAAACAAAAAAUGUAAAUAUUGAAACAUGUUGACAGGGGCUUUAAUUUAAAUUAUGUAGAGAUGGACCGCUAGUUGUUUUGUGAGGUAUACACCCAUUAGUAGUGGCCGAACAUUUCACGGUUUAAUUAAUUAAGAUUUCUCAAGGCAUUGGUAUAUAUAUUACGGAGUAGUAUGUUUAUGUGCAUUUUGAAUUCUUAAGUAAACUUAUUUUUGUAGAUUGACAGGAGUGCUUUGUUCUGUCCCUAUACUUUUAAUAAGAACCAUAUUUAAUAACUGAGGUAAAUCUAUUUUGUAAAAACUAAAUGGUAAGAGCAGAAAAGAUCAAGAUGAGUGCAAGUAUGCACACAGCAGCUUCUCUGAGCUUGGUAAAUAUUUAUAUUUGCUAACUAUUGUUUUAUGCCCACAUAUGUUAUUUGUCUGACACAUGGUUCUUGCAUUCAUCUACAAGCAUCAGACACUGCUGGAAUUUGUUACGUAUUAUAGUUACUCACAUUAUGCGCUAUAUAUGCUUCGGUGCCUCUUGGCUCAUAUCAAGGACCAAGAGACCACAGUGUUGCCAAAGCAGCUCGCUGAGCGAGGGGUACUGUAGAGGGUGCCAACGUCCCUAUAGGAAAGUCUGUCCACUUAACAGUCACCAUGGCAAAACACUGGGCAGGUAUUUACAGUCAUACAAAACUACUAUCACAUAAAAAGGCUCCUAUCUCUUUUAAAGAGUAACUACACUUUAAGACUUUUUUAAUUAACAGCUGAAAUGCAUAUAAUAACGAAAUAUACCAGUCUUGCUUAAAAUGUGAACACAUUUCCAAACUGUAAAAAUCUCAUUUUUAUCAUGGUCAGUUCUGCCUCUGCAGCACCCCUCUGGUUCAACUCUGGUAUGCCCUUCCCAUUUUUGAGAAUUUUUCAAUUUUUUUCUCACUUGUGGCUUUACGAGCAAGCCAAAUGGCUCUUUUUAUAGAAGGGCAGGAUUUUCCCUGUUAACAGACACCAUGUUGAGUGUUUUGAGCUUUCCCAUUUAUUUUCCAACCAGUGACUUGUCUCCCCCUUUAUAAUGUGUCUGGCAGACAGAGGGCUGUGCUGGGGCAAGCCUGGCAGGCUUCAUGCCAGGCUUAUAGUGAACAGCUAACCCUAAGAGACUUUUCCUUCCAUUCUCUUUUCCCCCUUUAACUCAUUACAUUCUGAUGUCUGCUUCUUCAACAAUUGAGUAACAUACCUCAGAUUGCAACUCACUACAUGACAGGUGAGAGAAUUUGUGUGUUCUGCAUUGUAUUGUUUGUGCUAUCUGCACUUAUUUGUAGCCUAGUAGUAUAAUAUCCUUAAACAAGGAAUAGGUCAGAUGCAACCUGGUAAGUUCAUACUCCACAAUCCAAACAAAUGGGGACAGCAUAAUCCCUCCUCCUCCUUAUUGACUCUUCCUCCCUUCUUACCAGUCUAGAAGAAAUGUUGCAAGUUCAACAUCAAACUUUGGCCUUGCACCAAAGCAUUUUUUUGUUUCUGUUUAUGUCACAUCUUUUCUUUGCUUCCGAACAUGGUGUCUUGCCUGCAGCAGGUGGCAGUGGUGAUAACGGUUGCUUGCCAACAGCUUCAGCCAUCUUUAAGUUUACUGUUACCUUUCAUUAGCUACAUGUCCUUAAAUAGUCUAAUGGGGGGUGGUACCUAGGGCAGUGCCACUUCUUCAUCUUCUCGUGUUGCACUGAGACAGACUUAACAAAACAGUGACUCACUAAUGCCUCUUAAGGUAGAAAGUGGUAUUACGAGAUAGGAUGGGAUGGGGCUAGCUGGUUAACAUGCUUAUCAUAGCAACUAAAACUGGUAAAACUGUUAUUUCUUCACAUUCUGUCGGUAGUUACUUUUGGAAUGUUUUGAUCUAAAAAUCUCACAAAUUGUACCUUUUUAAGAAGAAUUUUAACCAGCAUACGGCUUCACUACUAGUACCGAUUGCCGAUUGGUCUUUAGCAUGAGUUGUGUAUGUUAGUACCAAUCUAAGGAUGUGGGAGAUGGAAUGACAAUACAUAACCACCCUAAAAACACCAUGGCGUAAAUUUUUUUAACAGCGGUAACACUGCAACAAACUCAUGUGAAGCCUUACAGCUUCUGUGGCCAAAUGUUUAUAUGCCUUAAAUUGUAUUUUCAAAUGACUGCACUGUUGUUGUCGAUCAUAAGUGGGCGGUAAACAUACUGCAGUCUUACAAACUUGAAUUAUUUUCACACAAAAAUUGCAGGUAAAAUCAAGAUAAAAUGUUUUGCUGAGCAAAGUGCUUUUGGCGACACAACUGCACAACAGACUCAGGCUUUACUGUUGAGCAUGAAUGCCAGAUUUUUUUCACAAAGAGCACAGUUUUGCUUUUUGGCAUGUAGUCGAAAUUCUUCCUCAGUUGGGAGUUUAAUCAGAACUGUUAUACCGACGUACAACAAAUAAGUAAAAAUAAGGCAACGUACAAACGGUACAAACCACGUUAAUAUUAUCCUGUUUAGCUGAGUGGUUGAGUCAGGGGUGUUUCAUUCACAGCUGAAAUGGAAAUUAAAACAGAGCAGACCCUCAAUCACCUCCUACUGUCUAGUCCACUGCAUCUGAAGGUGCCUGCAUAAAGGACAUGAAGGAAUUGCCGGAAUUUUCCCAAUUCCAUCAGUUUAUGACAGUUGGAAGCAUGAAUAUACUGGACCCACAUAUGAGAUAAAUGACUUGAGAAAUUCACUGAAGCUGAAGUUGGCUUCUUAUUCUCCGCUCCACCUUAAAUGAUGCAGCACUUACAUUUAAGCGGCUCUACAGAUGGCAGAAUGUAACUGCUGCUCCAUUGAAGGUGGAGUGUGAAAUGAAAUGAAAAGCUGCCACAUAAAAAGGCAAUUUCAGCUUUAUAGACAUUCAGAAGUGACUCCUGUACUCAGUUGUAUGAUGUACUCUAAAGUGUUUUAUCUCAUUAAUGGUGUUAAAAGUUAGAAUGGUGUUAACUUUGCUUCCCUCACAAGUCACGUAUUUGCAAAUAACGUUGGCAUGAUGUGAGUUAGAAACUGCCAGACUGAUAUAAUAUUCAUUUUCAGUACAUGCACUGAAAUUUGGCUCAUUGAUUACCUUAUUUACAUAUCAGUUGCAAUAGCCUUGCCCCUAUAUGCCCUCAUAUCAAUCAAUCAACCUUUAUUUUGACUCGGAAGUACAUUGAGGGCAACCCUCAUUUUCAGUGUAGCCGAGCAUUUACAAAAACAGGGA